AUGGAGAAGAGACUGCCGCAGGGCACGGCCAAGGCCAAGCCGGACUUUGGGAAUGAGAUCCAGAACCAGGCGGGGCCGGACGGGGAGCGGGCAAAGCACCGCAAGUCCUUGUCCAACCCCGACAUCGCCACCGAGACCCUGACGCUGCUCAGCUUCCUGAAGUCGGACCUCUCGGAGCUGAAGGUGAAGAAGAAAGGGGUGAGGAUUGGCCUCGAUGCGGGCUCUGAUGGCACCCCCAGCCCCUCCCAGGGGGGCUGCGGCCCCGCUCAGCCCCCCAGCCGCUGGGCACCGGGCGAGCGGCCAACGCUGAAGGACCUGACGGCCACUUUGCGUCGCGCCAAGUCCUUCACUUGCUCUGAAAAACUGGGGACGCGGCGGCUUUUCCUGGGGAGCACCAUGAAGCAGAGCUCCUCCGAGCUCCUCCUGGCCACCGCCGACGGCCAGGACCCGGUGGCUUCAGGUGAGGGACAGCAGGGGGACGAGGAUGCUCUCCCCAUGGUCAUCCAGGACCAGUACAUCCAGGAGGCGAGGCAGGUCUUUGAGAAGAUCAGCAGGAUGGGUUCCCAGCAGGACUACGGCUUGGUGGCUGAGCAGAAGGACGGCGGAGGUGUGGAGGGUGCUGAGGUGGUGACACCAGCAGGGACAACAGACACGACCCUUUGGGGACAGGUGGAGAGCACGCGGUGUUUGAAGGAAGUGGAGUCGGAGGAGAACCUCGCUCGCAGGAAAUCCACGGAGGAGCUGUCGGGUCACGAGUCGAGCGUGAUGGACGAGGGCAUCGUCACGGAGCCGGAGCCCAUGGGGAUGCCCUUCCAAGACCUCACCCCCCCUCCCAGCAGCGAGCCCAUCCUCUCGGCACAACCGGCAGCACCGGGCGCCGGGCGCGGCUACGGCUUUGACCCCAAGUUGGCUGACGUGUUGUCCCCUCGCAUCGCCCGGCGCAGCUCCAAGAAGCGCUCCAACCGGGCGGCUCACCAGGAAAACCAACCACCCCCGGCACCCCCCGUCCUCGCCAAGAGCCGCCCGCCCACCAAGCACGUCCGUCACACCAGCGAGCCUGCCACCUUUGUCCCCAUCACCGUCCCCGAGCCGCUUGUCCCUUCCGGCCACCACAGCCACCUCCCUGCUCCGGCUGCCGGCCGCUCACCCAGCAAAUCCUUCUCGACCCUCCAACCUCCCUCACUAGAGGAUGUCACCAAGCGGUACAUGUUGGCCCUCAACUCAGGUGACUCUCCCGGGGAUGGACCCCGCUCUCCACCUGCUGCCCCACCACCCCGGCUGCCGCGGUGCCCCCAACCACCCGACGAACACGGCCCCAGCACCAAGCCUCAGGUGGACAUGAGGAAACACGUCAUCAUGACGCUGUUGGACACCGAGCAGUCCUACGUGGAGUCCCUGCGCACCUUGAUGCAGGGCUACAUGAAGCCGCUGAAGCAGCCGGAGAACUCGCUGCUGUGCGACCCGUCGCUGGUGGACGAGAUCUUUGACCAGAUUCCCGAGCUGCUGGAGCACCACGAGCAGUUUCUGGAGCAGAUCCAUGACUGCGUGCAGAACUGGCACGAGAAGCAGAAAGUGGGAGACCUCCUGGUGCAGUCGUUCUCCAAGGAUGUGCUGGUGAACAUCUACUCUGCCUACAUCGAUAACUUCCUCAAUGCCAAGGACGCCGUCAGGAUCGCCAAGGAAGCCCGACCAGCCUUCAUGAAGUUCCUGGAGCAAAGCAUGAGGGAGAACAAGGAGAAGCAGGCUCUGUCCGACCUGAUGAUCAAGCCGGUCCAGAGGAUCCCACGAUAUGAGCUGCUGGUGAAGGACCUGCUGAAGCACACGCCAGAGGACCACCCUGACCACCCUUUCCUCAUCGACGCCCAACGCAACAUCAAGCAAGUGGCCGAGAGGAUCAACAAGGGCAUGAAGAGCGCGGAGGAGGUGGAGAGGAACGCCCGGAUCGUGCAGGAGAUCGAGUCCCACAUUGAAGGGAUGGAGGACCUCCAGGCCCCGCUCCGCAGGUUCCUGCGCCAGGAGAUGGUGGUGGAAGUGAAGGCAGUGGGUGGGAAGAAGGACCGUUCCUUCUUCCUCUUCACGGACCUGCUGGUGUGCACCACGUUGAAGCGCAAGUCGGGCUCCCUCCGCCGCAGCUCCAUGAGCCUGUACACGGCGGCCAGUGUGAUCGACACCGCCAGCAAGUACAAGCUGCUCUGGAAGCUGCCGCUGGAGGAUGUGGACAUUGUCAAAGGUGCCUCGCAAGCCACCAACCGGGAGAGCAUCCAGAAGAGCAUCUGCCGCCUGGAUGAAGACCUCAGCACCUUGGGGCAAGUCAGCAAGCUGUCAGAGACCCUCAACUUCCCCCAUCAGACUCUGGAUGAUGUGAUCAAAGACCUGAUGGCUGCCAUUCACCGGGAGCUGGCGGAGAAGCAGUCCCUGUCCUUCAGCAUGGCCUUCCCCCCCAACAAGAUGGAGCUCAGCACCACCAAAGCUGACGGCACCGAGUCCUUCAUCUUUGAGUUCCCCAACCCUGACGCCCGGCUCGGCUUUGAGCAAGCCUUUGAGGAUGCCAAGAAGAAGCUGGCCUCCAGCAAAAACUGCCUGGACCCGGAGUUACUCAAGGCCAUCCCCAUCAUGAAGACACGGAGUGGCAUGCAGUUUUCUUGUGCUUCCCCCAGUCACGGCAGCCCGGAAGGUUCUCACGAAGUUUGGGUUUGCAACAGCGACGGGUACGUGGGGCAGGUUUGCCUGCUGAGCAUCCGGAAGGAGCCCACGGUGGAGGCCUGCAUCGCCGUCUGCUCUGCCAGGAUCCUCUGCAUCGCUUCCGUGCCCGGCCUCAAGCGGCCCUACAGCUGCUUGUUUUCCCCCCCCAUCCUUCUCUUUCCUCCCCGUGGUGGUGGCAGGGAGCGUGUGGAGGCGGUGGGCAGCCCGGCCUCGGAGGCGGCGCCGGCGGAGGACACGGGGCCUCAGCCCUGCCUGCACAUCUCCAUCUCGGGAUCCUCCCUGGAGCUCUCGGAGCCCGUCGAUGGUGGCAACAGGGAGUUGGUGCCCUUUGAUAGCGACGACACGGAUGACGAGUCCUCGCCCAGCCCCUCGGGGACGCUGCAGAGCCAAGCCAGCCACUCCACCAUCUCCUCCAGCUUUGGCAAUGAAGAGAUCCCGAGCUGCAAGGAGGCAACGGUGGAGAUGACGAGCUCGGAGGAAGAGCAAGAACCUGGUUUCAUGCCCAUCCCUGGCACCUACGGCCAAAGCCGGCACGGCGAGAGCCCCACGGACGGGCGAGCCCUGCGCCGCUCCAGCCGCGGCUCCUUCACCCGGGGCAGCCUCGAGGACCUCCUCAGCCUGGACCCUGAAGCCCACCAGAGCUCCAUGUGGUUGGGCACCGAGGAUGGCUGCAUCCACGUGUACCAGUCCUCAGACAACAUCCGGAACAGGAAGAACAGCAUGAAGAUGCAACACGCCGCUGCCGUCAUGUGCAUCCUGUACCUGGAUAACCAGGUUUUCGUGUCGUUGGCCAACGGGGAGCUCGUUGUGUACCAGCGAGAGGCAGGCCGCUUCUGGGACCCCCAGAACUCCAAGUCCCUGUCCCUGGGCUCACCAGGGAACCCCAUCACCAAGAUGGUGGCGGUGGCGGGGAAGCUCUGGUGCGGCUGCCAAAACCGGGUCAUCGUCCUCAACACGGCCACGUUGGCGCAGGAGCACACGCUCCAGGUGGGACAGGACAGCGGGCGCAGCGUCACCUGCAUGGUGAGCACGGGGACGGGCGUGUGGGUCGCGCUGCAGAGCAGCGCCCAGGUCCGGCUCUACCACGCCAGCAGCUACGAGCAGUUGGCUGAAGCAGACAUCACCCCUCCCGUGCACAAGAUGCUGGCCGCCUGCCUGCGGAUCACGGCUCUCCUGGCCUGCAAGGACCUGCUGUGGAUCGGGACGAGCGCCGGCGUGGUGCUCACCCUGGCCGUGUCAGCCAAGGCAGCCCCAGCCCUGGUGGGACUGUCCCAGGGUCACACUGGCCACGUCCGGUUCCUCACCGCCAUCGAGCUGCCCGACGGCUUCGACGUCCUUUUCCCACUGCCGAGGGAGACAGGGGCUGAGAAGCUGAGUGAAGUGGAGAAGCAGCGAGACCUGUCACGCCCCCGUGCCCCCCCCUUGUCCCUCUCCAAGCCCAAGAUGCUGGUGAUCAGCGGGGGGGACGGCUACGAGGAUUUCCGCCUGACCAGCAGCAGCGAGACCGUGGGCCGGGACGACAGCACCAACCACCUCCUCCUCUGGAGAGCAUGA